AACCGUUAACCGACGCACUCCCAUUUUCGUAACGGAAGCGGGAGGACCGACCACCCAAAACCCUCGUCUCCAAGGCUCCGGCGAUGGCGGCGCCGGCGGAAUCCGGCGGCAUCGAGGACUACCGCAGCCUUCGCGACGCGCGGGUCGAUCUGGACCUGGAGGCGGCACGAGGCAGCGGAGAAGGAGGCAGGGCCAGAGGCUUCGCCGUCUGCUUCUGGCUCUACCUCUCCGGCCCCGCGAGGCCUUCCUCCGUGCUCCUCCACCAGAUGACCGCGGGAGCUGACAAUAAGUUGCCGUUUCUUGUUUUAAGCGAACAAAAUAAGCUGCUUCUCUUCCCGUUGCUAAGGUUGCAUAGAGAAGCUCCUAGUCUCUCUAGUUUCUAUCCAUGGACUGACACGACCAAUCUAUCAUCUGUAAAUGAAUGCCCUCUUGAAAAAUGGAUCCACAUUGGAUGUGAGGUUACUGAAAAUGUUAUGCGCCUUCACAUUGAUGGCAGCCUAGUUGCGGAGGCUUGUCUUUGCUCACUAUCUAGGGAGCCAGACAAUCAAGAUGAUGCACACCAAAUCUGCUUAGUCGGAAGCAAUAACAUGGUCGAAAGCUAUCUCAACAAUAUUCAAGUGCUAUCUGUACUAGGAACCAUACAUGAGCAAUAUACAAAGAAUCCACCGUCUAAAUUAUCUAUUGACUUCUCAUGCUAUGAUGGAAUCGAAGUGGGUGAUGAUGGCGUUUGGUGCAUUGUUGGUGGGAAGCCUUCUUGUCGGAGAAACGUCAUUCUGGAAGUAGUACUAACAAAUGCUUUUGGUGAACCUGCGAACAAGGAUAUACAGAUUGUUGCUUCACUUGUCUAUGCUGACACUGGAGUAGUAGUCGAGAAAUCAAGGGAUGAUGCAGAAGCUCCUCUACUGAUUUCUUGUGAAGGACUUGAAUACCCAGCUACAAGCAAGCCUCUUCCAAUUCUCCGUGGGCGUGCACUAUUUAAGCUCAAGAUAUCUCAGCUCUCCUCUAAAUGUGACAAUAAGCUGUUCCGUAUUUAUUUCUCUACACUUCAUGUGCAAAAAUAUCCUUUUCUGGAGGCAUCUUCCAGACCAAUCCGCUGUAUAUCUCGAGGCCGCCCCAUCCGUCCAUUGGGUCCUGGAAAGGGGACAAAUUCAUCGACAAUGGAUGAAAUUCACUUGGUCAAUAAUGCUCAGGGGUUUGGUCGUGUUGGCAAAGUAAUUGGUUGCUCACAAUCUCGUGAUCAAAGUUCAGUGGUGCAUUUGCAUCCGUCCAAGUUUUUGAAGGUAGAAGAUGAUGGAACAGAGACUCACAAAACGGUAUCACAGCAGACCAGAAAGAUGGUGGUGGAAGCACAGAGUGUCACAAGAACCGACCCUGCAGCAUCAGACUCCGACAGCAUGGAUGCACGAAGUUCUUGGAGUGGAUCAGACAGGGAUGAAGUUGAAACCUUUUCAGAUGCUAUAAUUUUCAGAUAUUGUCUAGAAGGCACAUCUCAGAGGUCAACAUUUCUUAGAGGUGCAGCUGCUUCUAUCAAUGUGGAUGACUUGAUAACACUUGCGAAUCAGGUCUCUUUGUAUAGUGGAUGCUCCCAUCACAGAAACCAAAUUAUAAUUUCAAAGCAAUUGCUCGAAGAGGCUGCUGACACUUGGAGCAUAAUCUCCAAGAACAAUGAGCGUGCUCUUUGGUCAUCUGCAGUUCCUGAAAUCAUGGCAAAGUUUAUGGUCAUUGCCCAUUCUACCAAUAGAGGUUUGUCAGAACAGGACCAGGAGGUUCUAAGAGUGAUUGCUGGCUGUGGGGAUGAUCUUGGGAGGGACGAAUUUGAUAGGCUAUGGAAUUGGUUAUACCCAGUGGCAGUGUCUCUGUCAAAAGAUAAAAUCAACAACCUAUGGUGUUGCACAGAGCCUGUAUGGAUAGAGGGAUUGAUUACAAAAGAGGAAGCAGAGAAUGCGCUAAGAAGUUCUAGUGAAUUGCUCAAGAAUCCAGGAACGUUUGUUCUCAGAUUCCCCACCACGAGGAGCUGGCCUCAUCCAGAUGCUGGAAGCCUGGUUGUCACCUAUGUUGGCUUUGAUAACUCAAUUCAUCAUAGACUUCUCUCUCUGGAUGCCAGUGAUUCUAGGGCUGGGAGCCUACAAGAUUUGCUGCUGCAGGAGCCUGAAUUACUCCAGUUGGGCAGGGUUGAUCGCCUACCUACUGCGAUGAGAAAUUAAUCCAAUGUGCUAUGAAGGCAAUGCUGCAAAUUGAAGUCCAUCGCCAUUCGCCAGCAUGGGAGGAUGAAUAGUUUGUGGCAUGCUUCUCAAAGGCAAGCCGCAAGAGUAUUUUGUCAGUUUUUUGUUAGGUUGAUACCCUGUACAAAUUUGUAAAUCAAGUGAUUUAGCAGAAAUAGAUGAGUCUCUCAGAUUGGAAGGGUUGAUCUGUUCUAAUUUAUGUAUACAAGCUGAUAAUUCGGAAUGCAGAUCGUUCACAAGUACUUGUGGGCAGUUGGGCACAGCCCAUUCUAUAGUUUGCUCAUCUCAAAGAUUUUCCUGUUUUUGUUAAUGAAAUUCGUGGAUGUAGCAUA